GCAGAGGGGGUUCGCGAGAACGUGCACUGUCUGCGCGCUCCCGUGCCGUGCGGUCUACUGGAUCUCUUUUAAAGAAAUAAUUUGCAAACGGACUCUUCUGAACUAAAAUCUCUGAACAGCGAAGCGCCCGGCUCUCCGCUCUGCAGGCAGAAUGUGAGGAGCCCAGAAGUGUAGCCCCCAACCCCCCCAUGCCCAUCCCCUUUUCUGCCCUGGUGUUCUAGAAUGUUCCUGAAGACAGUUCCUCCGGUGGUGGCAGUUCACUCGGAAUGGAGGUCCGGUAAAAGCUUUAGCCUCCCUCUCUGUUUUAAUGACAGCGCUUCAGACAGCGACUUCGCAUCCGCCAGCGGAACCCCUAUCCCCCACAAAGUCCAGAUGAUUAUUGACAGCCUCCGCAGCACACAGUCCUCCGACAUGAGUGACAAUGUGCAGGCCAGCGCUGGCACCCAGUCUACCCUUGACCUGGCCAGGCAUGCCAGCAACAAGAGCAAGCCUCGGCAGUCAGAGGGGUCGUCGAGGUCCAGACGGAUGACUACAGACAGCCCUAAGCUUCACGCAGCUGGAUUGCUUUCUAGCGAGGGUUCUGACAGCGAUGAUUCUGUGGAUAGAGGGAUUGAGGAGGCCAUCCAGCAGUACCUAAAGGAUAAAGGGGACCCCCAGCCUAAAGAGGAGCCGCCGUUGAGUCCGUUGCAGGCUCCCAAAGUGUCCCAAAUCAGAGAGUCUGUUGUGCCUGAACCUCCCAAACAGCUCACACAUUCCAACAGCAAUAAGGUGCUAACUGCUAGUAAUCAUGACCAGAAAGGUACAAAAGGAGUCCAAAAUGUGUGUAUCUUAAAGAAAAAGAAAAAAAAGAAGCCAAGCAAAGAAAACCCCAAUAGAAAAAUGGAUGCAGCUAAAGCUUUGCUUACAAAAGCUCAACCUCUCUCUGGAGUAAGAAAGGCCUCCUCUUCCUGUGUGCCUGGGGUGGACAGAACCCCACCUCCUCUCCAUAUUAAAGAAGAAGAAUCACUAGAUUCCAGCAGUGAUGACGGCAUCGAAGAGGCCAUUCAAAGAUUUCAGCAGGAGCAGAAGGAACGCUAUGAGGGGUCUUCACACCUGAAGGAGGAGCUGGACUCCAGCAGUGAUGAUGGUAUUGAGGAGGCCAUUCGGCAUUUCCAGCAAGAAAAGCAGAAGCAGGACACACACAAACUUCACCCUAAACAAAGUCCUGUGAUGGGUACACAGCACAGCAAACUGCCUGUCCUUCCCACAGAUCGCCCAGAUCUUCUGCCAUUUAAAAUCUUGCCCAAAAAGAAGAGCAGCAGCAGCAAAAAGAAAGGUGCAGCAGCUGAAAGGGAAGGAAAGUGUGCUUCACCUAAGCUACUAGCAUCAGUGGGCCACUCUCUUAGCAUGUCACCUGUACACAGCCUAAUGGUCAGAGGAGAUCCAAUUUGCACAGCAAAAGCUGAAGAGCCAGUGGCCGAUCAGCAGAUCCACUCCACCCUCACGGUCAACACCACAGCUGAGCUGAUGUGUGCUGAAGCCAUUUUGGACAUCUCUAAGACGGUCAUGCCUGCAGCUUUCGAGCCUAACAUGAGUCUUGCCAAGACCUCUGUGGUCGAGGUGCCACCUCCCUUCCCCUCUGGGCCUCCCCUGCAGACAGAUGAAAAGAGUGAUGAGAGCUCUGUGGACAGUGAGGAUGGGAUUGAGCAAGAGAUCCGCAAGUUUCUGGAGCUCAAGGCGAAGAUGCAUGACCAGCCACAAUCAGCGGCAGCAGCACCUGUCGCUUGCCCAGAAGGACCGUCAGCUCCUAAACAGAAGAAGAAAGCGGAGGACGAUCAGAGCAAAGCACUGAGACUGUCACUCUCACGGAAAAGGAAACUCAAGGAAGAAGACAACAGAAGUGUUAAAAGGCAACCUGACAAUGGUAUCUUUAAGGAGGAGCCUCAGCCCAUGCCAGUUACACAGAGUGAUGGUUCUACUGAUAUGGUGUCACAUAUGUGUAGUCCAGUCCCCUCAAAACACACCAAGCCCAAACAGAUCUCUCCCCUUCAUGGACAUCCAGAAGGAUCUGUAACCAAGGACAAAGGAUCUAGCAGUGGGUCUAGGAUUUUCCCACAUGCUCAGAGGCCUUUGCCUGGUUCAGAACAAAAUUACAGCAGCGAUAAGAGCAGUUCUUUGGACAGUGAUGAAGAUCUGGAUGCAGCAAUAAAAGAUUUGCUUAAGACAAAGAAAAGGGUUAAGAAGAAAGUGAGAGACAUGAAACUUAAAGCACGUAAGGGACUUGCAGAAACUCCUGACAAAAAACACAAACUUUUCCCUGAGCAGAAAAGCACUCUUGCCCCUAAACCCACAAAACCGUGCACUCUCAAAAGCAGCAAAGAGCAAAGACAUGACUUGAAAAGUGUUAAGCCUAAAGGUCUGAAGCCGCCACAUCAGAGUGGUAAAACUGUUAAGGCUCCUACACAUGACACAGAAACGGACUGCAAUAAAGAUGCACGGAACAAGACGUUAGCUGACCUUCAUCCUUGUGUCCCUGUGGAUGAAGACAGCAGCUCAGUGGACAGCGACGACAGCAUUGAGCAAGAGAUCCGUAGGUUCCUUGCAGAGAAAGCAAAAGUGUCGACGGUGCAAGUGGCGUCUGUUAAGGAAGAGGAUGCGGGAGGACUUGGGGAAGCUGGCUCUUCCAUUUCUGGGAUCAGAGAGAGGGAAGUUUGUGCAGAUGAGCUGAAAGUGGAAGAGUCUGCUUUUUCUGGGGCUUUCCUGGAGAAGGGGGAGCGACCCCAGGAGGUGCCAGUAACACCUGCAAGCGUUCUGAGACUUCCUAAUACCACUUCAGUGACCGGCGAGCGACCAGCCCAGCGUCCAACUACUUUUUGCACACCUGGAGAUAAUUGGAGGACUGAUGGACAAUUGGCAAGGACCUCAGAUGAGAGGAGAAAUGGCAGCUUUGAUGUUGGGAAUGAUCGGGCAUCCUUCAGUGAAGGAACCAGUUCAGACCCGUUUACCGUGAACUUAACCAGCCCACGGGAUACUCAGUGCCAAGUCAAGCACCAAAACCUUUUCUUGAUGAAGCCUGAGAACUGCAGUAUGACUGAUAUUAGGGAACCCACUUCGGUGGACUUUAGAGACAAGCCGAGUGGCCUUCAGAACAGGAACAGAAUCCCUCUGAAAGAGGUUAUUAGUGCCGUGUGUCCCUCCCCUGCAGUGAAACCCCCCAUCAGCUCCCCCUCAGAGAGUCCUGUGGUUUCAAGGGGGGACCGGUUGCCCUUGUUAACCCCUGAAAGCAGGACAGAUUCAUUUUACCUGCACAGUCGAAUAAAGAGGCAACAUUGGGACCAACCACCUCGUCUAACCCCCAGUGUCCCUCACCCUUACCCCCCUAAUCUCACCCCCAACUCCAGGCACCUGUCUCCCCACCUGCCCACUAACCCCUCCCAUUUGUCCUGCGCAUCCCUACCCCCCGCACUGUCCCAGCCGCCGCGCAUCACUGCUAGUGUGGUUCGGCUGCGGAGGGACCAGGCCGCAGUCAUCCCACUCUCGCCACACAAGACCAACCACCUGCAGCUCAGAAACAGGCAGGAAGAGAGGGAGAGGGAAAGAACUAAUGAAGGGAGAGAGGAGGAGGAGGAGGAGGAUGAGAAGUGUAUAGAUGAGACAGAUCUAGAGUCAGGUGAGGAGAGGAGAUCAGCAGAGCAGCAGAGGAUAGAUAAGAGACAGCAGCAGCAACAGCGAUCCAGCCAUAGGGUCUUCUCAACCUCUAUUGAUCCAGGUGAGAUGCUCAGCCCCUACAUCGCCCUGGAUACAGACCAGAGGAGAGAGAAAUUCAAACACAUUCGACAGUUACAGGAUCAACGAGCAAAGAAGGCAGUAAAAAGGAAGCUGCAGUUUGUGUUUAGUUCACCCAGGUGAACCUUGCUGGUGCGCAGGAGAUGAGAAACUCCAGGAGUAACACCAGCACAUGUUCAGUUUAAUGUGCAAUGUAUGCUGUUUGCUGCUGUUUGAGUGUGUUUGUAGUUAUAAUGUUCAGAGAAUUAACUUUUCAGUUUUAAAAAGUACAUUUUUACAGUAAGUAACUUCAAAAAUAAUUGCUGUCAAAGCAAAACCAUGCAAUUUUCUAUUUCUAAUAUAAAAAAUAUUCCCAUUCUAGAGAAAACAGUUCCUCUGUCCAUAUUUAGACAUUUAGUGUUACAUAAAAUGUUAGUUCUAUCUAAACAGCUGCUGUUAACUAUAAAACUGUUGAAGUAAGUAAGUUCAUAUUCAUUAUGUGUUGUUAUAUUUCCAUUAUGACCUUUCGGAACUGUUCAUGUUUUAAGUGAC